AUGAGAGAAUUGCAAGAUAUUAUCUCAAGAAUUGGUCUUCAUGCAGCUAUAAAGCUACUUAGAAGUGCUCUGUUCUCAGUAACAAUCGGCUUGAAUGAUUCCAUCAAUAACUACUUGGCGCCAGUUAUAUCUGAGGCUGAGAGGAAGUUGAUACCUCCAGAAACCUUUGUUGGCAUUUUGAUCGCAAGACUCAGACUACAAAUUACAAGACUGUACAAUAUGGGUGCAAGUAAAAUAGUUGUGGUAAAUGUAGGACCUAUUAAUUGUAUACCUUAUCAGAGGGAAGUAAAUCAAGCUGAUCCAGAGAGCUGUGCGGAAUUUUCGAAUCAACUAGCCCGGUCAUUCAAUGCCAAGCUAAGGACCCUUGUCACCGAGCUAAACAAGAACCUUCCUCAUGGGGCCAAUUUUGUGUAUGCAGAUGUUCAUAGUAUUGUGGAAGACUUUAUUGAGAACUACAUAAGCUAUGGUUUCGAGAAUACAAACCCUGCAUGCUGCAGAGUAGCAGGGCGCUACGGAGGUCUAAUUCCAUGCGGUCCUCAGCCAUCAAAAUUUUGCGUGGAUUGGUCGAAGUAUAUGUUUUGGGAUCCUUACCAUCCUUCUGAUGCUUCUAAUUAUACAAUCAUAGCAAGGCGUCUCUUGUAUGGGAACUCCAGUGAUAUUUCACCCAUGAAUGUAGUGCAACUCCUCCAAGCUUCUUGA